AACCCUGUGACCUAUGGACAGACAGUCGAGUAAAAUAAAGUACAGACUAGUGGAGCAUUUGCUAACGAGCACUCCAGACAAUCGCACCAUGAAGCCGGCUGUGGUGGUCUUGCUGGUUGCUUUGAUUUUAUCGCUAUCGCUUAUUGGCGCCCGGGCGUGCACUCCCAACACGACGUGGCACGACGGCUGCAACAGCUGCUUCUGCAGCGAGAGCGGGCAUGCUGCGUGCACCGAGAUGCUGUGUGAGACGUACACGCUGCGGGCUCCUUGAGCGGCGCCACUGCGUCGCAGCACGCGCUCCAAGAUGAAACCCACAUUCGCCAAUGCACCUCCUUCAUUUUUUCCUUUCAACACUCGGAGGACAUCAUUCCUCGAGCUUGUUUGUCUCCUGUGUUCCCGGCAGAAAAAUAAAGUGCUUUAAACACCAUACACCAUUACCAAAAAAAACAAAAACAUAAAUAUUUGUUUUUAAAGCUGUAUAAAUGACUCUGUGGGUAAACAA